AUGAUCUUCCCCAGUGCAGCAGAACCUCAGCCGACACAACCGUUCUUUCUUGCGGCACCCAUGAUGUAUAACCCGCUUCCCCCAACCCCACCACAAACAUCUCCAGUCGUUCCUCAAUGCGUUUACAUGUGGGCUGCGGUUCCCGUCCCGCCGGUGGUGCGGCCGCUUAUGAUGCCUAACAAUAAUCUGUCGACUACUGUUCUACUCCUUGGGACGAGUGGCGAUGGUUACACGAAGGAGGCUUCAGUGGAACCGGCAGCAGGGAAUUCGAAGGUGUCUCCGUCUUCCCUUUGCAGACAUCAUUUAAGAAGUCGUUGCAACCGCCGCAACUGUCGAUUCUCUCAUGGUGAGGACCCUAAUGAGUGGGUAGCCAAGUGA